AUGAAGAUUCAUAGAAAUCACAAGAACCAAUCUCCCCCCUCUCUUGCCCCAUAUCAUGAUGACGUCAGCCCAUCAGAGCAACACCUCCAGCUUCAAACCACGGAGGAUCAAGACUAUGACGAAGUCACCACGUCAGAUCAAUAACAAAGAGCCGUCUUCUCCGGCGACGACGCAGCCGGUCCUGAAGUGUCCGAGAUGUGAUUCAGUCAACACCAAAUUCUGCUACUACAACAACUACAGCUUGUCUCAGCCACGUCACUACUGCAAGAACUGUCGCCGUUACUGGACACGUGGCGGCGCCCUCCGUAACGUCCCCAUUGGUGGCUCAACUCGAAACAAGAACAAGCCUUGCAACCUCCACGUCAUAUCUUCUCCUCCUCUGUUCUCGAACGUGACGACGUCAUCGUCUUCUCGCGAGCUAGUAAGAAACCAUCCUUCGACGACGACGAUGAUGAUGAUGAGUUCCGGUGGAUUCUCCGGCUACAUGUUUCCGUUGGAUCCUAACUACAACCUUGCGUCGUCUUCUUCUAUCGAGUCUUUGAGUUCUUUUGACCAAGAUUUGCACCUGAAGCUUCAACAACAGAGACUCAUCGCUUCCAUGAUUCACCAAGAUUCUCUCACGGUUAACGAGAAACCGGUUCUCUUUCAGAACGGAGAGUUGAUCCCUCCUUCGACGGCUACGACGGUUUGGGGUUUCGAUAGAUCCGCCGUGGUUACAAGUGGCAGUCAUGAAGAUAACGGUGAUGGUGAGGGUAAUUUGGAAAAUUGGUUCCAUAAUGCUAUGCUCUAAUUAUCACUACCAAUUACCAUUAUUAGUCUAAUAUUGUAGCUAGCAUGCAGAAGCUAUGUAUGAAAAAAACUAGUAUGCUAAAAACUAGUAUGUUGUAAUUUUUAGCAUAAUAAAUUGCUUAAUUUCCAA